AUGUCAAAGUCAGCUAAACAACAUUGGCGUUAUCGGGCUAAUCCAUCAUUCUAUAUGAUAACAAAUGAAGAAGAAGAUAAACAAUUACAAGGAACAAAAACAGAACAAGAGAAAAUUGUUUCACAUUCCCUGAAUACACUUGAACAAACCAUAAAACAAGAUAAAGAAAUGAAUCCACAAAUAUCUGAACCUAAUUUAUCAAGCGUUAACAAGUUGAACAAAUCCCAGUUCACCUUAAGUAUGGACCAAUCAAAAUUAGCGAAACAACAAAUGCAACAUUCCCAUACAACUGCAAUGUUAACCAAUCAAAAUGAAGAAUUACAGUGUAACUUAUUAACCACUUCAUUAGAUUAUUCGAAUUCAUCUAGUCAGAUUUGUAGUCACAUUUACACUACUACUACUACUACUACUACCAGUAAUAAUAAUAAUAAUAAUAAUAAUAAUAAUAAUAAUAAUAAUAAUAAUAGUGAUGUUACUAAACGUGGAAAUUACUCGAAUCCAGAUUAUCAUUUGUUGAGUAAUUCUUUCGAUUUACCACCUACUACUAAUAGUAGUCAUGAGCAGUAUGCUGUAAAUAAAUCAGAUGAAAACAGUGAUACUAUUACAAAUAGGCAGAUAAAAAAUUCACAUAGAAAAUUGAAUAAUUCACCUAAUUAUUUAACACAUACAUCUAAUAGAGUACAUUUUAACUUCUCAAAAAGUAUUGAUAUUGAAGAUGAUAAUCAUAAAGUAUUAAAUAGUUUAUUCAAUCGAACAUUUCGUCCAAAUUUACGACGAGCUAUCUCAGAAGUUAAAGAUGUUUAUAAUCCUUUAGAUGAAACAGAAAUAUGUUUAAAUGAAUCAUUAAAUCAUCGAAAAACUCAUUGUAAUCAACAACAAAACAGAUCAAAUCGUCAUCUUUAUCAUCAUCAACAACAACAACGUUGUAAUUUAAGAUCAUACUUUUCAUCAGGAAAUCAUAAUCAAUCACAUUCUUCUACUCAUCAAUUAUAUCAACAAUCUUAUAGGUUAAAUGAAUUAACAAAUAGAUUAGAACAAGUAUAUAAUACUCCACAACAAUUUGAUAGUAGUAUCUUAGAAAUACCAGUAAAUAUUUAUAAUGAAAUUUAUAUGGAUAAUACUAAUACACGAAUAAAUUGGCCUUCAUGUGAUUUUAAUCGAAUAGAUUCUGGGCAUUCUCUACAUAAUACACCUAUAAAUGAAAUAAUUAAUGAAAAAGAUAUUUUAUUGAAUAAUAAAAAUAUAAUUAUAAAUAAUGAAAACAAUAUAAUUUCAUCAACAUCUUCAACAUCAUGUAUACCAAAAAGAUCAAAUCGUAUAAAUACAAUACGUAGAAUGAAUACAACACCAAUGGAACAAUACAAUUAUAUAUAUAAUAAUAAUAAUAAUAAUACUGAUCAAUUCAAUAUAAAAAAACAGAUAAAACAUGAAUUCAAAGAUGAAAAUUUGUUUCAUUUAAACAAAAAAUUAAGUCAUGAAGAUAUCAAUUCAAUGUUCAAUAGAACAUAUUCAAAUUGUAUAUCAUUUGAAUAUCCUUUAGAUUCUAUUAAUUCACAAUUCAUUCAACCAAUAACAUCAAUACAAACAUCAUUAUCAUCUAAUUUAUAUCAUACUUCAUUGAAUAAUACAAAUAAUUCACAUAAUCAUUGUACAGUUUCUUGUAAUUUAUCUAAUAUUAUCUUAACCGAUAAAUCUAUACCAACUUCAAAUGUAAAUAUUUCAACAUCUCAACACAAUAAUACUACUACUACUAAUAAUAAUAAUAAUACAAUGAAUAUAACAAAUGGAAUAAUAACAUCAAAUACAUCAAUGAUUAAUGCUUUAGUUAAUGGUAAUAUUACAGAACAGAUAAUAGAUCCAUUGAAACAAAGUACAUCAAGUUAUUUAAAAGAACAAUUUCAAGCAUUUUUUCAACCAUCUGAUAAUAAAUUAGCUAUGAAAUUAUUUGGAAGUAAAAAUGCAUUACUUAAAGAGAAACGACGUCAAGUACAACAAGGCAAAUGGGUUAUUCAUCCAUGUAGUAAUUUUCGAUUUUAUUGGGAUUUACUAAUGCUUAUGUUACUCAUUGCCAAUUUAAUCAUAUUACCAGUAGCCAUAUCAUUUUUCAGUGAUGAUCUUAGUAUACACUGGAUUAUAUUCAAUUCAAUAUCAGAUGUUGUAUUUAUUGUGGAUAUUGCUGUCAAAUUUCGUACAGGUGUAGUGACAAAUGAUUAUGCAGAUGAAAUUAUUUUAAAUCCAAAAGAGAUUGCACGUCAUUAUGUUAAAUCAUGGUUUAUUUUGGAUUUUAUAAGCUCCAUACCAAUGGAUUAUAUAUAUUUAAUAUUUAACAAAAAAGACCAUUAUAAUCAAUUUUUCAGUGCAGGGCGUACAUUGAGAAUUUUACGUUUAGCUAAAUUAUUAAGCAUGCUACGGUUAUUAAGACUUACACGUUUGGUACGAUAUGUCAGUCAAUGGGAAGAAUUUUUAAAUAUAGCUAGUAAAUUUAUGGGUAUAUUCAAUUUAGUCUUAUUAAUGUUAUUACUUGGACAUUGGAAUGCUUGUUUACAAUAUCUUAUUCCAAUGUUAAUGGAAUUUCCACCAGACUCUUGGGUAAAACGCUGUAAAUUAGAAAAUGCAGACUGGUUUCAACAGUAUACUUGGGCAUUAUUCAAAGCUAUGUCUCAUAUGCUUUCAAUUGGAUAUGGUCGUUUUCCUCCGACAAGUAUUGGUGAAGCUUGGAUUACAAUAGUUAGUAUGAUGAGUGGUGCCACGUGUUAUGCAUUAUUUGUUGGUCAUGCAGCAGCGCUUAUACAAUCAUUUGAUACAUCUAAACGACUUUACAGAGAAAAGUUUAAACAAGUUGAAGAAUAUAUGGCUUAUCGUAAAUUACCAAGAGCAUUACGUCAAAGAAUAGCAAAUUAUUAUGAACAUCGAUAUCAAGGUAAAAUGUUCGAUGAAGCACAGAUAUUGAAUGAAUUUUCUGAAUGUCUUCGUGAACAAGUUAUCAAUUACAAUUGUCGUGCCUUAGUUGCAGCUGUUCCAUUUUUCACUUAUGCAGAUCAAGAUUUUGUUUCAGAAGUUGUAACUAAACUAAAAUUUGAAGUAUUUCAACCAGGUGAUUUAAUUAUUAAAGAAGGAACAAUUGGAAAUAAAAUGUAUUUUAUUCAAGAAGGUAUUGUUGAUAUAAUUACUAAAGAUGGUGAAGUUGCAACAAGUUUAUCAGAUGGAUCAUAUUUUGGAGAGAUUACAUUACUUACAAAUGCCCGUCGUGUAGCAAGUGUUAAAGCUGUAGUCUAUUCAAAUCUAUAUUCAUUAGAUCGUGAAAGUUUUUUAUCCGUCUUAGAAAAUUAUCCAUUAAUGCGUAGAACAAUGGAAUCAGUUGCAGCUGAAAGACUAAAUAAAAUUGGUCAAAAUCCAUCAAUUGUUAGUAAUCGUGAAGAUUUAACUGAAGAUUUAUGUUUAGUUAAAGAAAUUGUUAGUUCAGUUGAUACACCUGAAAAAACUUUAAGUGAACAUGAAGUAGAUAAUGAUGAUGAUGAUGAGGAUGAUAAUGAUGAUAAUGAUAACAAUAAUAAUAAUAAUAAUAACAAUCAAGGUUAUUUAAAUAUAAAACAUUUAUUAAAAUUUCGUAAACGUAAACAAUUAAAUCGUAAUAAAUUAUAUAAUAAUUGUAUAAUAACAAGAUUAAAUCAAUCAACUGAAAAUGAUAUAUUAUCAACUAGUCAUAAUGUACAAUAUAAAUCUACAGACAAUGAGAUUACAUCAUCAGAUAGGUUGAAAUUACCAAAAUUUAUGCGAUAUAAACGUAAUUCAUCACAGAAUUCAUUCAAUUCAACAUGUAUAAAACAUCAAUUAGAUAAUCAUGAUCCUAAUAAUAAUAAUAAUAAUAAUGAUAACGAAAAAAUUUCACCCAAUAAUAUUCUUCAUCAAUCAAAUUCUCAAUCUAUGCAUAAUUUAACCGAUGAUAUCAAUGUAAUAAAUCCGGAAUGA